AUGUUACAUUUUCUUGCUAAAGUUUUUUUUCUAAUACUAUUGAUCUUUAUUUACUGUGAAUUUAUUAUUUAUUAUUUUGUGUUAUUGGGCUGUUCGUGGUCACAGUUAUCGAAAAUCGAUCAAGAUUUUACAAUACCAUUAUCUACAGAUCCCAAUAAGAAGCCAUUACAUGUUAUGCUUAUUGCUGAUACACAUUUAAUGAGUUCACACGAAAGUCAUUGGUUUAAUAAAUUACGUCGUGACUGGCAAAUGCAUCGUUCACUCCAAUCAGCCAUUUUUCUAUUUGAACCACAAAUUAUUUUUGUUCUCGGUGACUUAACUAAUGCAGGUCAAUUAUAUUCAGAUUAUGAAUGGAAUAAAACUGUUCAUCGUUUUCAAGAUUUAUUUUCUGUGCCAUCUAAUAUUCGCUUAUAUGUGCUUGCUGGUAAUCAUGACAUUGGCUUUCAUUCUGAUGUAACUGAUAAGAAUCUAAAACGUUUCGGUGAAUCAUUUCAAACGUCCUAUGUUCGUUUAUUAACUAUUGAUGAUGAAAUAAAUUUUGUGCUAAUUAAUUCCAUGGCAUUCGAAGGUGAUCAAUGCCGUUUAUGUGAAAGCGCUGAUAAUGAAUUAAAAGAAAUUCUUAAUCAGCUUCAUGAUUCUGGUACUCGAACUAAACCAGUAUUAUUGUCACAUUUUCCUCUCUAUCGUUUGUCAGAGGCUAACUGCUCAAAAUCAUCUUCAACAUCAUUAAAAUCAACAAUAGAAUAUCCCAUGUACAGAGAGCGUUAUGAUGUUCUCUCACAAGAAGCAACAAAGUAUCUGUUAACAACAAUUAAACCUCGUCUCGUUUUUACAGCACAUACACAUAGAUAUUGCUAUAUUGAACAUAGUUAUAACGAUGAAAAAACUAUACAAGAAUGGACAGUACCAUCAUUUUCUUGGACAAAUCGAGAUGAUCCAUCAUUUAUGCUUCUGUCCAUAACAACAAAUAAUCAACGUGUAUCACAUUGCUAUUUACCACGUGAAACAACUAUUUUUUGGUCAUAUGCUAUUGGGGGUUUUCUUAUUAUUUUUUAUUUACUAUUUGGAGGACGAAGACCAUUUUGCUUAGUUAUGGUUGAUACUAGUAAUCGUUUGAAUGCAAUAAUUAUGUUCAUGGCAGAAAAACGAGGCUUGCAAAAAACAUUCUGUCCAUCGGAAAGAGCUCGACAAUUAGCCGUCAUAGACGAUGACCGACGUUUAUUAAUGGAACCUAUUCGACCGGUCGCUACCGAACUUAUUGAUAAAGGUCAAUUAGUAUGCAAACAACGUCGCGAACUGGUUAAUAUUCGAACAGUAAAAGGAUUUAUUCGAUUACAAAUAGCUUCGAAUUAA